AUGGAGAACGGGCCUCUGCAGGUCCUGACCUUCCCCACGGCCCCUUACCCCGACCAGAGACCAGGAGCCAGCGGCCUUAGGAAGAAGGUUUAUGUGUUUCAGUCCAAGAGGAACUAUCUGCACAACUUCAUCCAGAGUAUCUUCUCUUCCAUAGACCUGCCUGACCGUCAGGGUGCAACCCUGGUGGUGGGAGGAGACGGACGUUUCUUCAACAGAACGGCUAUCGGGGUCCUCGUUCAGAUGGCAGCCGCCAACGGGAUUGGCCGCCUUAUCAUUGGUCACCAUGGGAUGAUGUCAACGCCAGCCGUGUCCUGUGUGAUCAGGAAAUACAAAGCCAUUGGUGGGAUCAUCCUCACUGCCAGCCACAACCCUGGCGGACCCAAUGGAGACUUUGGCAUCAAAUUUAACACAGCGAGUGGAGGUCCAGCCAAGGAGGAGGUCACGAGCAAGAUCUACCAGCUCAGCAGAACCAUCGAGGAGUUUGCCAUUUGCCCCGGAUUGAGUGUGGAUCUGAAAACGCUCGGCAAACAGGCGUUUGAUCUGGAGAACAAGUUCAAACCCUUCACAGUGGAGAUAGUUGACCCUGUGGAGUCCUACGCCAACCUUCUGAGGAACAUCUUUGACUUUGCGGCUUUGAAGGAACUUCUAUCUGGCGAGAAUCAUAUCAACAUAAGGCUGGACACCAUGCAUGGAGUGCUGGGACCAUAUGUGAAGAGAAUACUGUGUGAGGAGCUGGGCUGCCCAGCAAAUUCUGCCAUUAACUGUGUCCCGUUGGAAGACUUCGGAGGUCAACCGCCCGAUCCGAACCUUAUGUACGCCACAGACCUGGUUGACAGCAUGAGAGACGGACAGUAUGACUUUGGAGCAGCGUUCGACGGGGACGGGGACCGCAGCAUGAUCCUGGGUAAGCACGGCUUCUUCGUCACCCCGUCUGACUCCGUGGCUGUGGUAGCCGACAACAUCUUCUGCAUCCCGUACUUUCAGCACACGGGCGUCAGAGGCUUUGCCCGCAGCAUGCCCACAAGCACGGCGUUGGACAGAGUAGCCAAAGCAACGAAAAUAGAGCUGCAUGAAACUCCCACCGGCUGGAGGUUCUUUGGGAACCUGAUGGACGCCGGCAUGCUGUCUUUGUGCGGAGAGGAAAGCUUUGCAACAGGCGGGGACCACAUUCGCGAGAAGGAUGGGCUUUGGGCUGUGCUGGCAUGGCUGUCCAUCAUCGCGACCAGACGGCAGAGUGUGGAGGAUAUUUUGAAGGAUCACUGGCUAAAAUAUGGAAGGAAUUACUUCACAAGGUAUGACUAUGAGAACGUAGACAUAGAUGCGGCGUGUGACAUGAUGGAGGACCUGGAGAUUCUGAUCUCUGACAAGUCCUUUGCGAAGCAGAGAUUCGCGGUCGGGGACAAAAUCUACCAGGUGGAAAAAGCCGACAACUUCGAAUACACCGACCCGUUGGACAGCACCAUAACCAGGAAUCAGGGACUGCGGAUCAUCUUCUCUGAUGGUUCCAGGAUCGUCUACAGACUGGGUGGGACGGGCGCCGAGGGAGCCACCGUCAGGAUCUACAUCGACAGCCACGAAAGGAAACUCCUAUUUGAAGAGACGCAGGUGAUGCUGGCACCCCUGGCGACCAUUGCUCUGAAGAUUUCUCAGCUUCACCACAGGAUGGGUCGAAUCGGCCCGUCGCUCAUUACGUAAACCCUCCCCCGGAUGCCCUCAACUUACAGGAUUUUUUUUUCUUUUUCUGUUUUGUUUUAUUGUUCUGCCUUUCAUUUUUCUAUAAACAGAGCAGGAAGUCAAAGAGUGAAAGCACUGUGUGCAACAGAUGAAAUUUCUGACUCAUAUUUGUAGUUUUCCUCAUGCAUCUGGUAUGUAAUCGAGUGUGAUAUUUUUGUUUUGUUUUGUUUUGUUUUUUUGCCAUUUAUCUGCUUUGUGCUUAUGGAUUUUUAUCUCAGUUUGGUUUGUGCCAGAUCAGAGUAAGUAAUUAUUCCACACAGCAUGUCUCUGUUUCCUUCCACUGUAAUUGUUUUCUUAAUAUUAGGACUUGGAAGAAAGAUUGUUUUCUGAAGACUACUAUCAGCUGAAUUUCACAUAAUCAAGACAGCUACAUAUUUUAUACAAUGUUAUAUUUGAAUACAGACACUGACUCAGUUAAAAACAUGGUAAUAAAACAAACUUCUUUCUUUAAGCUUCAAACUUCAAUCGUUUAUGUUCUCUAAAUUGGGGAAAUUAAAACUCCUCAGCGAAUAAUAACUUAAAACUGAGCAAAAACCAGCCCACCAUUAAAACCAGCACUCCAGAAAAUUAGAAAAAACAAAAACAAGGCAGCAUUUCAUUAUAUUGUUCACCAGAAAAAAUUAACUCUUUUUUUUUCCCUCUGUCAUCAUGAAUAAACCCACGUUUCUUUGUACCGUG